AUUUCAGAGACACGUGUAUAAACUUUUGAACACUUUGUGACAGAACCUCUGUUCCUUAUAAAGCAACCCACUAGAGAGCCUCUAGUCUAUUGAGCCAAAAUAAAGUUAUGUAGACCUCUGUGGUUUUUCUAGUAGAUUAACAUAGCUAAACAGUCUCUGACUUGAACUGUUUGCAUUACCUGGGUGAAAUGGGUACUAAUAACUACUUUUUGGCAUUCUAGCCAAAGUUCCAAUUUUGAUGGGGCCAGUUUAUUAUAAGGAUGGAUCUUCAGUUAAGGAAGUUGAAACCUAUCACCGGACACGUGCCUUAAGAUCUUUGAAAAAGAAUGCACAGAAUUCCUCAGAUUCUAGUUUUGAUAAAAAUAUGGCGCUAACAGAGAAGCAUACUAAUGGCAGGCAUUUUACAAGGCAGUUGGCCAGACAGCAGGCAAACAAAAAAAAGGAAGAGAGCAAAGAAGAUAAAGUGAUUCCAGUUACUCCAUCAUCAAGGACUAGAAACAUUGUUCAAACUACGGAACGCUUGCAUGAAGAGAAUGGCGAUGUAGAAGUACGCCGCAGCUGUAGAAUUAGAAGUCGUUAUGGUGCGAUGAACCAGUCUGUACUGUUUGACAAACUUAUAACAAACACUGCUGAAGCUGUACUUCAAAAAAUGGAUGACAUGAAGAAGAUGCGUAGACAGCGAAUGAGAGAACUUGAAGACUUGGGAGUGUUUAACGAAACAGGAGAAGGGGAUCUUAAUAUGUACACAAGAGGAAAACAGAAAGAUAUUCAAAGAACUGAUGAAGAAACAACUGACAAUCAAGAAGGCAGUGCAGAAUCAUCUGAAGAGGGGGAAGACCAAGAAGAUGAAGAUGAUGAUGAUGAUGAAGAUGAAGAAGAUGGAGAAGAAGAUAAUCAGAAACGAUACUAUCUUAGACAGAGAAAAGCCACUGUAUAUUACCAAGCGCCAUUGGAAAAACCUCGUCACCAGAGAAAGCCCAACAUAUUUUACAGUGGCCCAGCUUCUCCUGCAAGAUCAAGAUAUCGACUAUCUUCUGCGGGACCAAGAAGUCCUUAUUGUAAACGAAUGAACAGGCGAAGGCAUGCAAUCCACAGUAGUGACUCUACUUCAUCUUCCUCUUCUGAUGAUGAACAGCAGUUUGAGAGGCGAAGAAAAAAGAGCCGUAAUAGAGCUAUCAACAGAUGCCUGCCACUAAAUUUUCGGAAAGAUGAAUUAAAAGGAAUUUAUAAAGAUCGAAUGAAAAUUGGAGCAAGUCUUGCUGAUGUUGACCCAAUGCAGCUCGAUUCUUCAGUGCGAUUUGAUAGUAUUGGAGGCCUAUCUAAUCAUAUUGCAGCUCUAAAAGAAAUGGUGGUGUUUCCACUACUUUACCCAGAAGUCUUUGAGAAAUUCAAAAUUCAGCCUCCAAGAGGUUGUUUAUUUUAUGGUCCACCUGGAACUGGGAAAACUCUGGUUGCUAGAGCCCUUGCCAAUGAAUGCAGUCAAGGAGAUAAGAGAGUAGCAUUUUUCAUGAGGAAAGGUGCUGAUUGUCUGAGUAAAUGGGUAGGCGAGUCUGAAAGACAGCUACGAUUGCUCUUUGAUCAGGCCUAUCAGAUGCGCCCAUCAAUUAUUUUCUUUGACGAAAUCGAUGGUCUGGCUCCAGUACGUUCAAGCAGGCAAGAUCAAAUUCACAGUUCUAUUGUUUCCACACUGCUAGCUCUUAUGGAUGGAUUGGACAGCAGAGGGGAAAUUGUGGUCAUUGGUGCUACCAACAGACUGGAUUCUAUCGAUCCUGCUUUACGAAGGCCUGGUCGCUUUGACAGAGAAUUCCUUUUCAGUCUACCUGAUAAAGAUGCUCGAAAAGAAAUUCUGAAGAUUCAUACAAGGGAUUGGAAUCCUAAACCAUUGGACAUAUUUCUAGAAGAACUAGCAGAAAACUGUGUUGGAUAUUGUGGUGCAGAUAUUAAAUCAAUAUGUUCUGAAGCUGCUUUAUGUGCUCUACGUCGACGCUACCCACAGAUCUAUACCACGAGUGAGAAACUACAGUUGGAUCUCUCUUCAGUUAUUAUCUCAGCUAAGGAUUUUGAGGUAGCUAUGCAAAAGAUGAUACCAGCCUCCCAAAGAGCUGUGACAUCACCUGGGCAGGCGCUGUCCACCAUCGUGAAACCACUCCUGCAGAGCACUGUUCACAAGAUCUUAGAAGCCCUGCAGAGAGUAUUUCCACAUGCAGAAAUCAAUACAAGGAAAGCAUUAGACUCAGAUAUUUCUUGUCCUCUGCUAGAAAGUGACUUGGCAUACAGUGAUGAUGAUGUUCCAUCAGUAUAUGAAAAUGGACUGUCUCAAAAAUCCUUUAAUAAGGCAAAAGAAAAUUUUAAUUUUCUUCAUUUGAAUAGAAAUGCUUGUUAUCAACCUAUGUCUUUUCGACCAAGAAUCCUGAUUGUAGGAGAACCAGGAUUUGGACAAGGUUCUCAUUUGGCACCAGCAGUCAUUCAUGCUUUGGAAAAAUUUGCAGUGUAUACAUUAGACAUUCCUGUUCUUUUUGGAGUCAGUGCAACAUCUCCAGAAGAAACAUGUGCCCAGAUGAUUCGUGAAGCCAAGAGGACAGCACCAAGUAUAGUGUAUGUUCCUCAUAUCCACUUGUGGUGGGAAAUAGUUGGACCCACACUCAAAGCCACAUUUACCACAUUAUUACAGAAUAUUCCUUCAUUUGCUCCAGUUUUGCUACUUGCAACUUCUGACAAACCCCAUUCUAUUCUGCCGGAAGAGGUGCAAGAAUUAUUUAUUCAUGAUUAUGGAGAAAUUUUUAAUGUCCAGUUACCUGGUAAAGAAGAACGGACAAAAUUUUUUGAAGAUUUAAUUAUAAAGCAAGCUGCUAAGCCUCCUAUAUCAAAAAAGAAAGCAGUUUUGCAGGCCUUGGAGGUACUCCCAAUCGCACCACCACCUGAGCCAAGACCAAUGACAGCAGAGGAAGUGAAACGACUGGAAGAACAAGAAGAAGAUACCUUUAGAGAACUGAGGAUUUUCUUAAGAAAUGUUACACAUAGACUUGCUAUUGACAAGCGAUUCAGAGUAUUUACUAAACCUGUUGACCUUGACGAGGUUCCUGAUUAUGUCACUGUAAUAAAGCAGCCGAUGGACCUCUCAUCUGUAAUCAGUAAAAUUGAUCUCCACAAAUAUCUGACUGUGAAAGACUAUUUGAGUGAUAUUGAUCUAAUCUGUAGCAAUGCUUUGGAAUACAAUCCGGAUAGAGAUCCUGGAGAUCGCCUUAUUAGGCAUAGAGCCUGUGCUUUAAGAGAUACUGCCUAUGCAAUAAUUAAGGAAGAACUUGAUGAAGACUUUGAGCAUCUUUGUGAAGAAAUUCAGGAAUCUAGAAAGAAGAGAGGUUGUAGCUCUUCCAAAUAUGCCCCAUCUUACUACCAUGUGAUGCCAAAGCAAAAUUCCAUUCCUGGUGAUAAAAGAUCAGAUCCAGAACAGAAUGAGAAGCUAAAGACACCCAGUACUCCUGUGGCUUGCAGUACUCCAGCUCAGUUGAAGAGAAAAAUCCGCAAAAAGUCGAAGUGGCACUUAGGUAAUAUAACAAAACGGAGGAGAAUUUCACAGGCAAAAGAUGACAGCCAAAAUGUCGUGGAUGACAAAAUUGAGAGUGAUACAGAGGAAAAUCAAGAUACAAGUGUAGAUCACAAUGAGACGGGAAACACUGGAGAAUCUUCAAUGGAAGAAAAUGAGAAGCAGCAAAAUGCCUCUGAAAGCAAAAUAGAAUUGGGAAAUAAUAAUUUAAAUACUUGCAGUAUGGAGAAUGAACUUGAAGAAUCAAGGAAGACUGCACCAUGUCCAGAAUUGAGGAAAGAUAAGAUUGCUUGCAAUGGAGAUGCUUCUAGCUCUCAGAUAAUAGAUAUUUCUGAUGAAAAUGAAACAAAAGAAAUGUGUGUUCUACGAAUGACUCGAGCUAGACGAUCGCAAGUAGAGCAACAGCAGCUCAUCAGUGUUGAAAAGGCGUUGGCAAUUCUUUCUCAGCCCACACCCUCACUUGUUGUGGACCAUGAGCGAUUAAAAAACCUUUUGAAGACUGUUAUUAAAAAAAGUCAAGAAUAUAAUAUUUUUCAGUUGGAAAAUUUGUAUGCAGUAAUCAGUCAGUGUAUUUAUCAGCAUCGCAGGGACUACGACAAAACAGCACUUAUUCAGAAAAUGGAGCAAGAGGUUGAAAAUUUCAGUUGUACCAGAUCAUGAUGUCAUGGUAUUGAAUAUUCUUUAUAUUCAGUUCCUAUUUACUUCACCUUUGUCAUGUCUACAUAACUGAAGAUGAAAUCUUGCAUUUUUAAGAAAAAGAUAAAAUAGUAAAUAAAAAUAUUUAAAAUUCCCUAGUAUAUAUGUACAUGUGUAAGAUAAAAAACUGAUAAAUAUUUGAAGUUUAAACAAGGCACUAUGGUGUGAGUAAUGUUGUGGCAUGUCAGUAGUUGAAGUGUGGCCAACUCUCAAUAAAGUUCAUUGAUAACUAAUGUUUUAAUGUCAACAAGUAAUGAGUGACAUUGACUUUUUUUUGUUUUAAGCACUUUUAAUUUUAUCCAUCCUAAAAAGUUUAUCAAAUUAGAAACAAACUUAUCAAUUGUGUUUUUGCAAUCCUUUUUAUUGUCUUUGUUUUCUUUAAUGCCCAUUUCCCAUCUGCCUUUCUGCUUCCCUUCCCCAUUUCAUAGUGUUCAAGUUGUGAUUUGCAGGGCAGUGUUUGAACAAGCUCUGGCUGUACUUUAACUAUAUAUUAAAAAUUAAUGCUUUUUAAAUAAACAUUUUUAUAAUUCUAUUUGGGUUAACAGAUUUUAAUAUUUUUGGUUUAUUUUUAAGAUUAUACACACAACAAAUGUGUUAAUAAUUACUUUGUUAAGCAUCUUUUUAAUAUAGCAAAAAAGGUUUUAUAUUUGAAAAGUGUAUCCUAAAUUU